AUGAAUCUACCACCGGGAUUCAGGUUUUUUCCGACGGACGAAGAGCUCGUCGUUCACUUCCUCCACCGCAAAGCUUCACUCUUGCCUUGUCAUCCUGACGUCAUCCCUGACCUCGAUCUUUACCAUUACGAUCCUUGGGACCUUCCCGGGAAAGCAUUGGGAGAAGGGAGGCAAUGGUACUUCUAUAGUAGAAAGACGCAAGACAGAGUUACGAGCAAUGGGUAUUGGGGAUCAAUGGGAAUAGACGAGGCAAUCUACACAAGCUCCACACGCAAGAAAGUGGGUAUCAAAAAGUAUCUAACUUUCUAUCUCGGAGAUUCUCAGACGAAUUGGAUCAUGCAAGAAUAUUCACUUCCCGAUUCCUCUUCUUCAUCUAGUCGAUCUUCUAAGAGAUCAAGCCGUGCGUCGUCUAGUUCUAGUCAUAAACCCGAUUAUAGCAAGUGGGUGAUAUGCAGAGUGUAUGAACAAAAUUGCAGUGAGGAAGAGGAUGAUGAUGGGACAGAGCUCUCGUGUUUGGAUGAAGUGUUUUUGUCUUUAGAUGAUCUUGACGAAGUAAGCUUACCGUAA